AUGCAUGAUGAGUAUUGGCGUCAGAGGAAUAAAAUACAAGGUGAAUUCUGUGAGUGUGAUUCGCUAGCCUGCCCGAUGGUCGAUGACAAGAUUUGUGGCGGCCGAGGACGGUGUAACUGUGGUAGAUGUGACUGCGAGACGGGAUUUGGCGGUGAAGACUGCUCAUGCAGCUUAGACAAACGAACUUGUAUGGAGGGUAAUCUGGAAUGCAGUGGUCACGGAACAUGUGAAUGCGGUAUGUGCAAAUGUUACGAUGGAUACAGCGGUCAUACAUGCGGAAUUGCAAACGAAAGAUAUGAAGACCGAGACUUCCGCGGUGGAGUUGGUGAUAGACCAACUGAAAAUGUAGACCCUACAAUUAUGAGCACAGGAAGUUUCGAUCAGAUCUCAACGGAUAGAGAUCGCUACUAUGAGAAUGGUGGUAUAAGUACACAGUUUGGUAGUACUGAUGAACAUUAUGAACAAACACCAACCAAACCUACUGAGGAAGCUAUAGAAGUAUUAGACCAUCAAGAAAUUGAUUAUACACCGAGAACCGAUACUGAUGAAGAACCAGAGGAAGAAAAAGGUGUAACGGAGAGUCAAAUAGACAGUGAUGUUACUCCAGAUGCUGCCGAAUUUCAUGGUAUACCAACGGCUACAUCUGUGGCUAUAUUUUUGGUUUCUGCGUUUGUUUUAUUUUAUCACGUGCGACUUGACUAG